UCCUUGGUGUGUUGGUAGCGUUCGUUGAGCAAGGAAGCUAACCGGCUACACGCCACCGCCGCGCCCGCAAGCAUUUUCUACGUUCAUAUCUCAUAUCUUACACAAUAAUAAUACUUGGCCUUGCGGGGUAUAUUACAAAGUCACUCGUGGACAAGACACAUUUAAAGCGAUGACGGGCUGUAACGAGUACAAGCUAAACCAGGGACCUGAAGACGGCAUCUCUGCUGUGAAGUUCAGCCCCAGCACUGCCCACUUCCUCCUGGUUUCCUCGUGGGACUGCACGGUCCGCCUGUUUGAUGUUGGUGGAAACUCCAUGAGGCUGAAGUACCAGCACGCGGCUCCUGUUCUGGACUGCGCUUUUUAUGACCCGACCCAUUCUUGGAGUGGAGGUUUGGAUGCUAAGUUAAAGACUCACGAUUUGAACACAGACCAAGACACAAUAGUUGGAACGCAUGACGCUCCCAUCCGUUGUGUGGAGUACUGCCCGGAGGUGAACGUCAUGGUAACGGGCAGCUGGGACCGGUCAGUCCGACUGUGGGACCCGCGGACACCGUGCAACGCUGGCACCUUCACUCAGCCUGACAAGGUGUACACCCUCUCUGUGGCCGGAGACAGGCUGAUUGUUGGGACGGCAGGAAGGCGAGUCUUGGUGUGGGAUUUGAGGAAUAUGGGCUACGUACAGCAAAGAAGAGAAUCCAGCCUCAAGUAUCAGACUCGCUGCAUAAGAGCCUUCCCCAACAAACAGGGCUAUGUGUUGAGUUCAAUCGAAGGCCGUGUAGCUGUGGAGUACCUGGAUCCAAGCCAGGAGGUUCAAAAGAAGAAAUAUGCCUUCAAGUGCCACCGGUUAAAGGAGGAGGGGAUUGAAAACGUCUACCCUGUCAACGCCAUUUCCUUUCACAGCAUUCACAACACCUUUGCUACAGGUGGCUCAGACGGCUUUGUGAAUAUCUGGGAUCCAUUCAACAAAAAGCGCCUGUGUCAGUUCCACCGCUACCCCACCAGCAUCGCCUCACUGGCUUUCAGCAACGACGGCACCAUGCUGGCCAUUGCCUCCUCCUACAUGUUCGAGAAAGGAGAUAUCAGCCACCCGGAGGACGCCAUCUUCAUUCGUCAAGUUACGGAUGCUGAGACAAAGCCCAAGUCAACCUAAAAGUAAAAUGUUCUGGUUCUCACUGCGUUCGACUCCUUCACCAUGUUGGGUUUCUGCGGGCCUCCAGCGUGCUACAUGUCAUCUUAAUACCUGUCUUUCUUUUUCUGCCUUCUGUACACAACUUUUUUACUUGUGAUGUUUGCUGUAAAUACACGCUAAAUACUUCCUUGUUCCUUUUGUUGUAUUUUUCCUUAUCUGAGCUGAGUUAAACUCUUUUCUCUUUUUGGCUCCGUCACUGACGGGGCUCCACGUUUUAUUACUGACUGACGGGAAUAAAACCUUUUUCUUAAACUUUGA